GAGCUGCACAAGGUAGCUUCAGUUCCAGAUGUGCCAGAAUAUGUACUCCUAUGGUAACCAAAGACGGUGAGGCAAUUGUUGGAACCGUGCCAAAAUUCCCGGAGGUGUCGAUGCAUCUGGUUGUUGGAGUCUGUUCAAUCGUGAGCCCGCUCGCUCACACUGCCAGCAUGAGCUCCCUCACACAAAGGGCCUUGCCAACUGAACCGUUUGGCCCUCGCUGGGAUAGAUAGCCGGCGUUUAAGGCAUCGAUUCGAGCGCCGAAGCCUCCCCCAGAUCCCUGCCUCUUCUCCGCUGGAGAGGAGAGGAGAGGCCAACGCUUCGUUUCAGUAGGCGCUGAAAUCACUCCAAGCAAUGAUGGCACUGAGCGAGAGGCAACCGCAGUCGGAGAAGAAGGCCCCGCGGGCGAGGCCGAUGUCGGCGAAGGCGGUGUUCGUGCUGUGCGCCACCAGCUUCUUCGUGGGGCUGCUGCUCAGCGGCCGGAUGACGACGAGGCUGACGGCGCCGUCGGGGUCCGGCCGCGGUGGCUCCGGCCACGGCUCCAGGAUCUCUCUCUUCUCGGACGACUGCGAGCACAGGCGUAAGCUAGAAGAGAGCAACAACCCGAACGACAUCAUGAACGAGGUGUCAAGAACUCACCAAGCAAUCCAGUCCCUUGACAAGUCGGUGUCGUCGCUGGAGAUGGAGUUGGCCGUGGAGCGCGCCAAGAGGAACGGCGGCCUCGGCGCGUCCGUGUCGUCCAAGGGCCUCCCGAAGGCGUUCGUCGUGGUGGGCAUCAACACGGCCUUCAGCAGCAAGAAGCGCCGGGACUCGCUCCGGGACACCUGGGUUCCCAGAGGGGACAAGCUGCGGCGGCUGGAGAAGGAGAAGGGGAUCGUGGUGCGGUUCGUGAUCGGGCACAGCGCGACGCCCGGCGGUGCGCUGGACCGCGCCAUCGACGUGGAGGAUGCGGAGACGAGGGACUUCAUGCGCCUCGACCAUGUGGAGGGCUACCACGAGCUGUCGUCCAAGACCAGGAUCUACUUCACCGCCGCCGUCGCCACCUGGGACGCCGCCUUCUACGUCAAGGUCGACGACGACGUCCACGUCAACCUAGGGAUGCUGACGAGCAGGCUCGCCCGGUACAGGACGACGCCGAGGGUCUACGUGGGCUGCAUGAAGUCCGGCCCAGUUCUGUCGCAGAAGGGCGUCAAGUACCACGAGCCAGAGUCGUGGAAGUUCGGGGACGAAGGGAACAAGUACUUCCGCCACGCCACCGGCCAGAUCUACGCCAUCUCCAGGGACCUCGCCUCCUACAUCUCCAUUAACCAGCCGAUACUGCACCGGUUCGCGAACGAGGACGUCUCGCUGGGGGCCUGGCUGAUCGGGCUCGAGGUGGAGCACAUUGACGACCGGAGCCUCUGCUGUGCCACGCCCCCAGGUGCGCUGCUGGAUCGCUCUGUAGUAGUUUCAAUCGAUCGAUCAAUCAAUGUCGCUACGAUGCAGAGGAAUGACUGCGAGUGGAAGAAGCAGGCCGGGAACGUGUGCGCGGCGUCCUUCGACUGGUCGUGCAGCGGCAUCUGCAAGUCGGUGGACCGGAUGAGGGCCAUCCACAGCGCCUGCGGCGAGGGCGACGGAGCCGUCUGGAACUUCGCGGCGGCCUGAGACUCACACGAUGGCCCCUCCAGCCAGACAGAAUGCAUGCAUGCUGCUAGCUGCAAGCGGUCGACCGACCAAGCUAGCUUUAUUUGUUGUUAAGGGUUUAAUUUUGUGAGACUUCUGAUCGACUUAUAACUAGCAGAAACGUAGCGUUUUGAGAGCUGAGUGUGUGGUGGUUUGCACCACGUGCUCUAUGGUGAUCAAGAUCGUGUUCUUUACUUGUUUUUUUGAAGCUUAAUUUGGAAGGUCGCAAGACUUGGCUGGUGCCGCUCCUCCUCCCCAAAUUUCAUGAUUUGUACUGUCCUUGCUGUUGGAUUUCAUGUCCGGGCUUAACAAGGCUUGCCUGCUUCUAUA